ACGUAGGAGACGCUUAGAGGCACGCGGGACACCAAGCGGGACAGACUCGCAGAGCGCACGUCCCGAUAAAAAAAGAAGAAAAUAUAUGAAAAAAACGAAUAAAAUAGAUUAAAAUAAACGUCUCCAGAUGCUUAUGGAAAAUAUUAUAAGUGCGGUGUACGAGAGGAAGGCGCUGUGGGACCCGGCUCACCCCCUGCACAAGAACGCCGUCGUGCUCAAGAACCUGUGGGGGGAGAUCGGCCAAGCACUGAACACGCCAGAAAAAAUAGCCCGAAACAAAUGGAAGAACGCCAGAGACUACUACAGACGAGAGCUGAAGAGAAAGGAAGUGCGAGGACAGAACGAAGAACCGGUUUCCAGCACUUGGCCGUACUUCCAGCAGAUGGCCUUCCUCAGGGACGUCAUCAUGGCCGAUAUGGAUAAUUGCGAUAAACAGUUCUCAACCCUCCCUUGGCCGCGCACUCUGCAGAGGAGCCCCAGACCCGCAGGCAAAGACCGCAAAGAGGGCACGCCGGGGAAGAGGAAGCGGGAGGAAGAGGAGCAAGAAGCCGCGGAAGACGACAUGCACUUCUUCAAGAGCCUGAUGCCUCACAUGAAGGACAUGCCGAGCACCAAGAAGCUCCGGCUGAGGGCGCAGAUCCUGGACCUGUUCCUGUUGCAGGAGGAUGACGAGUUGGAGAACUAAGAGACCCGGCGCCCGUUGCAAGGCCCUCUAAGUCAGGUCUGGUGGCGUGCACUCUCAGGUAGCGUCACGAGAGUCCUUCGUGUCAGAGUCCUUCGUGUGAGAGUCCUUCGUGUGAGUUUAUCGUUAUCAGUGAAGUAUUUUGACUACUUUUUGAUCUCUUGUGUGAUUUGAAUGUUUAUAGUUAUCAGUGAAUUAUUUUGACUAUGUAGCGUUUGGUCUCUUGUAUAAUUUGUGUAUGUUUAUAGUUGUCAGUGAAUUAUUUUGACUAUGGAGUGUUUGUUCCAAGACUUUGGGGACACUAAGGGAAUACACUGGAAAUAUAUUUUGACAUUUGUAAAGAAAACAGUUAUGUCUAUUUUGCUCCUUAUGGGCAUAGAUUUUGCAUAAUUUAUGAAAAGGAAGAAUGAUUUUUAAAAAUCUUGCAUUUCUCAUCUUGUAUACAAAUAUUAAUUACUCUUUGCAAGAUUAUUAAAGGUUAUUCGAUAUAUAAAUUAGUUCUGUCAUGCUGCAAUAUUUUUUGCAAUUGUUUGUGUUGUCUGCAGAUUUGUUUACUUAAAUAAACUUUAUAUAUACAUAUUGUA